GUAAUCUGCAAUCGAAAGGGAGCGAAAAUUCCAAAAGAUAUUUUGUGUUUAUCCUUUUUUGAUUAACGUUAGGUUUUGUGACUGUCGAGUAGUGUUGACAAUAUGCCUUCGAUGAAAGUGGAAGGUGACAGUGAUGGGGACGGCGACAUGUCUGGUGGCGACACAGAGAGGUCCGGGGGCUCCUCCAGGGGCCCGGACCGGGACUCCAGCGCUGAAGAGGCUGAUGAGCCCGACUCCGAUGACUCCUCCGAGAUGGACGAGAGCGAGUGCGAGCGCCGCCGGAACGAGUGCCUCGAGAAUCUAGCGGACCUGGAGCACCAGUUCUCCGUGCUCCGCGAGCAGCUGUACCGGGAGCGGGUGAGCCGCGUGGAGCACCAGCUGGGCGAGGUGCGCGGCGGCCGCAGCCAGGAGUACCUGGGGCCGCUGCGCCGCCUGCAGGAGAACAUGCGAGUCAGGAUCGAGGUGGCGGGGGUGCUGAAGCAGAUGCGCAUCGACAACAUCAAGCACAAGUUCGAGGCGGAGGAGCAGGCGGCGCACCAGCACUUCAAGAGCGAGCGCUGGCUGACGUUCGAGAGCAUCAAGGAGGAGAUCCUGGAGAAGAUCCGGCGGCUGGAGGAGGAGCGCCAGGCGGUCGAGCUGUGGGCCAGCGACGUGGACUGCCCGCGUCGGCGCAGGAGAAGACAGGUGGCGGUGUCCCCCCCCUACGUGGUGUACAUGCUGCCCGACGCCGACAUCAUGGACGACUGGCGACUCAUCCGGAAACUCAUCGACUGAUAGUCCACCAAGUUCACCAACGCGCUAUAAAGGCUGGAUCAUAGGGGUGUUUUUAAUGUCGUGCGGAUUUGAUCACGCACGCGGAUUGCGCGCCAUUCUCCCGCGUCACGCGUGCAUAUUCCACGCAUUACAAUAAAUACUUGUAUGAAAAGAACACUUGCGGGUGUCACGCGUGCAGCGAAAUCCCGCGUGCGUGAUUGAAUUUGCACGAUAUUAAAAACACUCUUAAACACGAUUUGACGUCACGUGGUCGUAUCGUGUUUAUUUGUAAGCCUUAACGUGUUCAGAAGUUUACGUUAGGCUGCCGGCUGGCUACACAUCUUACCUCUCGGCUAAAUAAUAGAGUGCCAAGAACAUCCCGCUCCCCUUCAUAAUAUGUUUUUCAGGUGCAAACAUUUAUAAAAUAUUUAUUAUAAGGUAUAGGUAAAUAUCUAUGUAAAUAUUACUAAGAGUGCGAAAUAUAAAAUAAACAUUGAUAAAUGCUGUGCCGAUAUGUAAGAUGUGUUUUAACCAGAUUAUGAAAACUCAGCAACUCCGUAAGGGAAGGUUUAAUAGUUAAGAGCCUUAAUUGUAAAGAAAUAAUUAUAAUAUUAUGUUAGGUAUAAAAUAGGCAUUGGGUAACAAACUUAAUAAUAUGUAUAUUUCUUCUGAAACUGGCCAAUGGAUAGAUUCUGAAGGGCCAUUUUUUUACUAUAGUACCUAAUUGAAAC